AUGUCCUCAUCAACCCAACAAGACCAAACUCCCCGAGACGUGAAAUUCGAACCGUUGAAACUAGCCUUGAGUUUCUCAGGGGAAGACGGAGAAACUGAUCAUGAGUUUCAAGAAGAUUUCAUGGGGGAGAAAUCUUCGAGUACUUCUUCCAAGGCCAUCGCCGAAGGAACGGGGCAUAUCAUCAAGGGGAUCUUCACUUGUAGCAAUUCUUACUCUAAGAAGAUUCACAAGGGAAGUGGCGUAACAACGAUUGCUAAAGAGGUUGAAGAAACAAGUGGUGACAUAUCACAAAUUGAUGGAGGCGACAACAAUGUAACUAAGAAGCAGAAUAGACUCAACACAAAUCUUCAAAGAGUGGAGAAGGUGUGGAAAGCGAGCGAGGCGAUAGGAAUCAUGGUUUUAGAGGGAGGAGAUAUGGUGAGCAGUUCGAUGAUAGCUCCGGUGGUUAAGUCGAAGUUAGGAAAGGCAUUGUUAUCCACUGCUCCAGGAGAAGUUAUAUUGGCCUCACUUGAUUCUUUUAAUAAAAUACUUGUUGCUGCUGAAGCGGCAGAGAUACAAACUCAUUCUGCCACAGCCAUGGCUUCUACGAGACUUGUGAGUAAGAGUUUCGGAGAGAACGCCGGGAAAGCCACCGGGAAAAUACUAGAAACAACGGGCAGCUUAGGCCGAACCGCCUGGAAUAUUCAAAAAUCCCUCGAGCCGACUUUUUUAAUCACCUCAGAAAUUGUCAAAAAUGCUCCGAGACAAUAA